UCCUUGGAACUAAGUCAGGAUGUUGGGCAGCAUGGUUUCCAUUUGCAUUUUAGUCUUUGAUGCAUCUGCAAACUGAUUUUUCCUUCCUUGUUCCCCCUGACAGGGUUGGUGCAAUAUGUGUUUUCAUAGCACUUCAUAGAAUCAUUUGAGUUGGAAGGGACCCUGAAAGGCCAUUUGGUCCAACUCCUCUGCAGCGAACAGGGACACGUACAGCUACAUCAGAUGCUCAGAAUCCUAUCCAACCUGACCUUGAAUACCCCCGUGGGCUGGGCAUCCAUUACCUCUCUGAGCAACCUGUGCCUUAUCAUAAAAAAACCUGUUUCCUUAUAUCCAACCUAAAUCUCCCAUCUUUUAGGUUGUAACCAUUUUGCCUUUUCCUAUCACUGCUAAACAGCCUGUCCCCUUCUUUCUUCAGCUGGGACAGAUCUUGUACAAAAUGCAUCAGAGUCCAUAACAUUAUUAUUAUUAUUAUUAUUUUUUUUUGAAACAAGUUAUGUUGUUUAAGAACAAGACAAGACCAGUCCUGGGUCAAGCUAAAGCUUUCUUCAGUUUGCUGCUUUCUUUGGUAAAUGCUUUGGUGAAGCAUGUAGAAAACAAUGAGAACAACAGGUGACCUUGCCUUGUUAAUCAGACACAGAUUUUUGCUAGCUGCGGAGGGAGGCUUUAAUCAGCAACCUGUUGGCUGAUUGGAGAUUGCUCAGGUGUUUUUUUUAUUCCUCACCUGCUAUGAAUUUGUACUAUUUAAGGACUUAAGGGUGAUGGAAGAGAGAAGAGAGAGUUUAAAUGUUUUCUGUUUUGGUAAAAGCAUGGAAACAACAAUCAGUUUCAAUAGCAUGCUUAUGUAUGAAGAAAGCUUAAAAACUGCAGGUGAGACAGCCAGUGUAACCAGUAACCGGGCAGAAAGAAGAAGAAAUACCCUGCUGGAUUUCAAGGAAUUAUGAGGAACAUCCUCAGAGUGAAACAUGUGGAAAUGCUGGAUUUAGCAGCCCCCUCUGUGAGCGUACAACGUGCUGAAGACACGCAGUUAAAGAAUGCUUGUUCAGGAGAUUUCAUGUAUGUAAACUGGAGCAAGGUGCCUUUUUCACUCUGAUAACUGCAGCAGGCACAUGACCAUAAGAUAUAGCGACCUUUGAUGUGUGGAAAACACACUGGAAAGUAUGGUUUCUGGGGAAAAGAGCUCGCUAGCUGAGCAAGUUCAAAAAGAUCUUAGCAGUUCCCCAGCAAUUACUCAUUUCAUCAAUCCUCUGUAUUUAAGGAGAUAAAAAGCCCCUCCAGUGUUGUUUCCUGCAAAGACCAUUCUUAAGAGCUCGUUGGACAGCACAGGGCUCUUGAAGUGAUAGCUAAUUGGUGAAAGAAAGGCCCCGAUUGUCUGGAGGGAGCUGGAAAGUGCUGCGUGUGCUACUGAAAGGGACUAGGGAGAAGGUGCCUGGUUUCGCUGAGCAGCUGCUGCUGGAGAUGUUUGGAGAUUACAUCAGCAUUGGAAAAAAGGGGCAAAAAAAAAAGUCCAACUUCACAGAGACGGAGUUUAUGGAGUUUUUUUCCCCCUUCCAAAGGUCUUCUGACAAUACUGUCAUUGUCAAUAUAAGAGUUGUUAAUUCUUCAUGAAUAGCACAUGGGGCCUCUUGACUAAAUGGUACGUUACAUGUCCCAAAUCUGUCAGCUGGGCUCUUCUCUCACAUGCUAGUGAGAUCACUUUGAUUGGAAUGUUACAGGAAUUGCUGGGCUGGCUGUGCAGAAUUGAAUGCUGCAUUAUAUAAUUAGAUCUCCCAGAGUAUUUUUUUGGCAUUACCUCAUUAUUCUAGCUUAAAUAUGGAAUCAGUCCUUUUGAUGACUUUACUGGUUGUAAUUAUAUUAAUACGAUUCAUUUUAUGGUCCUGUCUUAGUGCUUAUGUAGAUUACAAACUGUCUCGAAGGUUUCCUGACAGGAAAAAAUUGCUCUAAAAGAGCUCAAAAGGCUUCUUCAGAUUUCAACUGACACGAGGACAACUGGACGAGUUAAAUGGACCUAGAACAGAUUUUACCUUAGCCUCUGAGGACAAAGAAAUGGCCAGUUGAGACUGCAACUCAGUGAAGAUCCUUCAGAAGGCCUCAUGCUGACAGAGAGGGAAUAGAAACCACAACAACUGAUUGAGUCAAAUAACUUCCUAUCAGACUGGAGCAAGAAUUUGUUGUUGGAAACAGGGUUGUGGAGUUUUGCUAGUUAAACGAUCUGGACAAGCUGGAAGGAAUCCUAUUGUUGGGCAGUCCAAGGCUGUCAGUGGCCCAGUCUUGCUACAUGAAAUGCAAUGGCCCGUUGCCUGCUGGACAAGCUGCUGGUCUGCACGUUAGGAUGUCAGCUGCACACCCUGCCUGGAUGCAACAACUGACUGUGCCUGAAUGAACAUGGAGAUUACUAACCUGGCUCAGGAUCUGCUGCAGAUUUGCAGAGUGGAUUUUUACAUGAUUGGCUUGUUGCUUAAUUCCUCCUGUGGUUUCUCCCUGUCAAUCAGAUCAGAAGCUGAUUAUAGCCCAAUGAUUAUCUUUCUUUUCAAGUUGUAUAUCUGAGUAACAGAAGUGGUUGGACAUCACUUGGAUAGUCUGUUCCAUGAAAAACAGAUCUGUGCAUUACAGUUUGCCUGACAGAAUCCAGCUCUGCUUCAGCAGUGCUGGGCGUGGGGGCACAGGGCUUAGUAAGGAGCUACUAGGACAUGGAAAGCUUUGAGUACUCACCUAAUGCAAGAGUGACUGGAGAUUUUUCACUUAAUGCAUUUUGCACAGUGAGACGGGGGUCUCCAAGUGAGCUGUUUGCUUUUGGAUGGGUGCUACACUGAGUCAAACUGCAAAAAAUCUUGCUCUGUGUGCAACACAAUUUAACAUCUGCUCUUAAAAACUUGCUUUCCCUACAGCAAAAGUAGGAAGAUUGUAUGGUUUUGCCUGAGAAAGAAAGUUGAAAUGUGAUAUUGUUGGCCCAGUCCUAUCUGGUAUUCUUUAUGUCAUACAGAAGUGAAGGCUGCCACUUUGAGAAAUGGCUUCAAAACUCUUGGUAGCUCACGUAAUAUCAGAAUUCAGUGCAGGUAAAGGCCCAAUGCAUUUCCAUGAAAAUUUUUUGGCACGUUCAUGUCUGUUAUAGGCUUGUUCAUUAGUAAGUAUUGAUCAACCUCUAUCACUUUGUCAUUUCAAGCCUCUGAACAUUUAGACAGGAGCAGAAUAAAUGUCAGGCUGAUUGGUCAUCUACUACAAAUAAAGCCUGAGAUUGAAAUCAAUCUACAAAACUGUUUGCAGAGUCAGAAGAUGCAUGUCAUUGACUUAAAAUCUAGCAAGUAAAUUAAUUAUGUGUAGAUGUAACUAAACUCCUUGUCUGUCUCAGUGGGUCCUAAUUUUAGUGAUGAUUCUUAUAUGUAUUUUGUUUUGUUCCCCAGUACCAGCAGACCACAAAGGGAAAGUGAAAAAGUCUAUCUGCUGUGCCAACAUACCUCUGAUAAUAAGUAACUGGAAAAUAGGCACAGCAUUCCCUCUUCUGUCAGUUAAACAUCACUGUUCUUAGCUGUUUUACAGCACUGUGAAGAAAAUGAAACUUGUAGAGAAAUUCAUAGUGCUUUUAAAUGCAAGUCUUCUAAUCCACAAUUUUGAUUAUAUUGAAAUUAUACUUUUAAGUGUCAUAUGAAUCGUUUAAAAAUGUUGAUCUAGUGAGACUUGGACUAAUAUCUUUAUCAUUUGGUUAAAUAAGGAGCUGACGGUAGCAUGGAAUUCUCAUCUUUGAUCCCUUUAUUCCUACAGAAGCAGAAUCUUGAAUUUUCCAUGUAAAUCAGAGAUUGUGGUCUUAUUACAGACCAGAAUCUUAUACAGGCCAAAUUUUCAUUGAUUUCUGUGGCACCAUUAGUAGGAAUGGCAGGAUGGAAUCAUUAGAAUGUCUUAAAGUUUGAGUUGCCAUAGCCAGUCUCCUUCAAUGGCUUGCUACUUUUGUGAAGGGAAAAUGGGCCAAUGCUGGGUGAACUUACUGACUGGUAGAUGUAAGGUGUGGUAGGUGACCACUGUCAUGAAACUCAACACUGGCAGAUAUGGGGAACAGCCUGUCAAUUCACUGGUCCUGUUUGUCUUUUUAAAUUGUUUAAUUUACCCAAGAUACGAGAAUUUCACUGAUUAUAUUAUAGUCAAUGUUUGUCACACAUAGGUCUGCAUCCUACAUGGGUAAAACUGUCUGGAACCUGAAAGAGUUUGCUAGUACAUCAAAGCUUUGAUGCACGUAUGAUUAAUAAAGUAAAUAUUUUGUCUUAAUAAAAAUUUUACUGAUUUAAUUUGGUUUUUUGAAAUCCACAUGCAUUGAAUGUAAUUUAAAUGCUUUGAAGUUCCUCUUCUGGUGUCUGCAAGACCAUUGUAUCUUUUUGCUGAUGAGGGUUCUUGUGACAGAACUUAUGGUGUCCUCUAAUUUAACCAUCUGUCCAAGCUAGAUUCUGUCUAAGAGCAGUUUUGAGCCAUGGACAGAGUGAAUGAAGACUGUAGCAUGGAACCCCCAAUCAGGACAUGAAAUAAAGGUAUAAGUAAAGAAAUAGGAAAAAAAUAUCACUUAACACUGUGAUGAUAUACUGUAUCAAGUACUGUGUUAACAUAGUAACCAAUGACUGAUGUAUUGCUGCAGCAAUACAAAAAAACAGACGUGAUCACAGAAAACUAUAUGCUGCUACCUGUAAUAUAAUUUUAAAAACCUCUGUCUAAUAUUUCACUGUUACUCAAAAGAACUUUGCAUAUGAAAUAAUACCUUGAGUUUGUUUUUGCUUAUCUAGUAAUGUAUGUUCAGAAAACAUAUUUAUGUAUAUGUUUAAGAAAGAACCCCGCAAUCAUUGAAGUUCGUGACUAAUGGAUGCAGAACUGUUACUGCACUAUUGUAACUGUUUCUUACUUUUCUAGGAUUGUGCUUUGUUUUGACUGAAGCCAUUGGUUUGAACAAAAGUGAGUUAGUAUGUAAGUAGUAACUAAUUAUCUUUCUUUUCUUACCACAGAUUAUCAUGACUUUUGGUACCUGAAUUUCUACUUCUAAGAUCAAUUCAAGUCUAUUUUACAGGUUAUCAGGGUCAAUUUUAAAUGUUGUAGAGCAUUUAUGAACUUUCUGUGGGUAUGAAUAUAGGCAUGAAUCAGCAUGUAUUUUUAUACAGGAGUGUUCCUAUUUUAUGCUAACAGCCCUUCCCACUUCGUUAUGAUCCUCAAGGUUGUAUAGUUCUGGAAGGAAAAAUGAUUGGCAUUAAGCUGCUGAAGUAAACGAAGUAGCAAAAUUCUAUUUCCAUUGCUGCCUAUUAGUACUGUAUAAAUAUACGAAAACCAUGUUCCUGGUUCCAGUAGUACCACAUAACUAAAUUUGCUCCCAAACCAAAUAGCCAUUUUGAAGUUCCACAAUUGAUACUUUGUGAUACAUUUUUUUCUCACCAGGACUCAGAAUUUUUCUGACCCGUAAAAAGCUUAAUUGAUUGUAAAUAUCCUGUCAUCUGCAAAUGUAAUUUCUGUUUGACAUUCUGUAAUGUGCACAAAGUUGGCAUUAUGGACUGCAUUAUGGUAUGGAGAACUAAUUACUGAUAAGCUCAUAGUCUGAUGAGUAAGUAAUCAUAUUUAUUGAUUAAAUGAAGUCUGUAAUUUUAUUUUGCAGUGUCAUUACAAUGGCAUCCACUUAAACAAUUACUGUCAAACCGUGUAAACCAAACUCCAGUAGGAGUCCCUUAAAUAGAUCUGGCGAUGCAACAGGUGGUCUAAUUACUUUAGGUAGGUCCAUUACAGCAGGCUUCAGAGUGGAGAAGCUGGAGACCCAAGAAGGGAUACGAUUAGGCUGGCUCUUACAGAAGGAAUCUGGACAGAUGGGGGCCUCAUAGCUUUGUUUACUAACCAUCUACAAAGAACUGCCACAUCACAGACUCAGUUUGGGGGGGAAAUCUUGUAACUUGCUAAUGCCUUUAUUUGUGUUCUGUGGCACAGCUCUAGGAAAUAGUAAAAUACAGUUAGAAUCUCUCUAGAUUGAACAAGGCAUCAGAUUAUAGGACAAUCCAACAGUAGCCGUCUCACUGCUGUUCUUUUAGCAGAAACCCGGAGUAAAGCCAUUAAAUGUGAUUGUUUUAUUAAUGCCAAAGUGGGUGACCUUCCAGCUUGGCACCUCUCUACAGGUGGUGCUAAUAACAGCAUCUAAUACCAAGGUUUCCAGGCACUUCCAGUUCACAAAGUUCACAGCUUUGUCAAAAUAUCUUUUCAAGCUAAAACUUUCCAUGUUGCACUGGGUGUCUGCCUCGGGCUGAACACUCUUCAGAAAGUUUCAGCCAGAACAAUUUAGUUUAGUACCUUCCAAGAACAAGGCUAAAGAAAAAAUACAUUGUUUUACCUCUGUUUAAAAAAAAGUACUGGCAGUAUUUUCUCUGACAAGAUGUAGUUGUCCCAUUCUGGAAUGCCAAAUUGUUUUUUUCCUUGUCAGGGAUAUAUAUAACUCUUUUUCACUUAAGGGAAAUUACCUGAAUGUGUACUUGAAAUUCAAGGAGGACAAGACCAGGUCUCAUCUGGGGAAAUAAGGAUAAGGAAAUUGUCAGGAAAAAAGCCACAACUAUAAUGAUGUUUUAGGCAAAGGAGGAAAGUGAGCUGUGAAUGUUUGAUGGAAGGUGAGCUGGCCUGCAUUAUGAAGGAUGAACAAGAAUGGCUUGGUGGGUGAGAAACAAGGCCUGUUCAGGCAAAGGGAUUUGGGCAGAAGUAUUAAACUGCUUGGAAGGAACUGGAGGAAGCUGCUUGUACAGGCCUGUUAAGGAGCAAAAGCAUGUCAAAUAGAGAUGGAAAUGAAUGGGAAAUUACGCUGAAAUAGGAACAGCUACUGAGGAGAGGGAUGUUGAGGCUGCAUAUUGGGGCUGAAAGCAAAACUUAUUUAAAAGCAGGUGAAGGAUUUGUUGAGCACCAGGCUGAGACAGCAGACUGACUGGAUGAAGUCUGGAGAGUUUGGGCUAGCAGAUGGGACAGAAGUGCAGGCUGAAAUAAAUGGUAAGUCUGAGCCUGGGAGGCUAAAGUUUACUGACCAAAGUGAUUUGACCUGGAACAAGAGCACUAGAGAACUGUCAAUGGAAUAAGAACUGGAUAAAAUGUAUGUUGGACCAAUCUCCCUUUGUAAUAUUGAUAUUAUUCCUAGGACUUGAGUUUCAUAUUAUUUUGGUUAUCAGAAAAUUAUUACUGUCAAAAAUUCCUCUGUCCUAUCUACCAGUGAUCCUUCAGCAUAAAGUGCUCUGGAUGUGUGUGCUCUGGUGUUGCCACUGAAACAGAAGUAUCAGGAUAGACCUGUAUGCUGGGCAUCUACCGGGCUGCAUCCUUAACAGGAUGUAACAAAGUUAAAUACUGAGAUUAAGUCAGUGAUAGAAUUAAGGCGUUAUAUAUAAUUGUCAUUCUGUCCCCUGGGUGUUAUGAUAGAGUCAUAAAACUAUACUUUUCCCACAGCUUCUUUUGCUUGCUUAUUGAUGUAAUGCUCAGUUAUUGAAGCUUGUAGCAGCAAUGUAUUGAAUGUACUAGAAAGAUGGAGAGCGAUAGCUUUAGGAAAACUAAUGUUUGAGGGGAGUUGUGAGAAAAUUAGUUCUGUCUUUGCCUGUUGUUGAACUGUGAGUGAAAAAACCUAGAGAUGUUUUCUUUUGCUUGUUGUCUGCUUACGUGGAGAUCUAGGUAUGAGUUACUUAUGGGCUGAGAAAUAGCUGCUGCAAAUUAAUUCAGUUUGACAAGUUAACUGAUACCAGUUUUACAAGUAAAUUGGUACACUCAGAAUUUAAAUUGUGAGAAUCUGAAGUGAGAUACUGUCCUAUUCUUAAUCUUUCCUUAUAUAUCUCCUGUUGGUUGUGAUGGGACACAGGACGGAGUCAACUGGACCAGUGGUCUGAUUCUGGAGUAUUCUACCCUACUGGUCUUUGCAUUUGCAGCUGCAAAUAGAGUAAUUCUUUUGUACUUUGGUUUCUUCAAUCAGCAUCUACAAAACUUAUAGAUGUUGAAGGAUGCUUAAGAAAGAAUUAUUCUUGCACAGAGGAACAAGCGUCAAUGAUGGAGAAAACAUGAGAGCUCAUUAAGUAAGCACUGUUCAUCUUGUCUGCUGAAUGUAGCAGGGAAUCCUUUGGAAAAAGGCAAUCUACUUUGUAACCAAAUGUAACAAAAAGGAGGGAAAAGUAACUCUUCCCUUGUGCUAUGUAAGAAAUCAAUAACUGCUUCUUUCUAAGAUUGUAACAGGCAUUUAUUAUGUCCACUGGACUAAGCUAUUCAAGGGAGAACAAUGUUCUGGUAAAUCUUUUACUGCUUAGUUUCUGGAUCUUGUUCUUGCUUGUGUGUGAUAGAUGACUAGCUUCCAAUACUGAAAUGCAAGUGCUCUGAGAUUAUGCAGAAGAAUAAAAAUAAGGGAGAAAUGUGUUAAAUUGAUACAAGUCUAGAAUUCAGGUAAACUUGGGUGUUAUUUUUAGCAUUGUAUGUUGGCCUGAGAUAAUUAGACAUGUCUAAAUCCCUUAGUAGGAAAGAUCCAAAUGAGCCUAAGUUCCAUACCUAAAGCAUGGUUUGAAUCUACAACCUGCUUGUCUUAAUACACCGUUUUCCACAAACUCUGGCUACUCCCUUUGGAGAAUUGUUAGCUUUAGAGCUUUUCAUCAGUGUUUUUAAUUAUCAUGAGACUGAUAAUCUCACUUUGACUUCUUAAAAGAAUAAUCUUU